AGUCUGUUGAGUUAUACCCGUCAAACCAAUUUGGUGCGGAGUCGGAAUAAGAACAUCGACAAAUUAUGGACCAUUUGAUCCUAGAUCCAGAGAAUGUUUUGCCUCCCACGAGGGACCAUCCGCCCUCACACCCGCACCGACAGAGUCUACCUAAAGCAAAUGUAACAAAAUUACAUCCAACUGUUUCUGGAAAUGAGAAUGCCAGUAUUUUCUUCGUGGGGACUGCAACGACUGUAUUAGAAUGGCAGGGGAUACGUAUCAUGACCGAUCCCAAUUUCCUGCAUGCUGGAGACCAUGUCCAUUUGGGCCCUGGAGUCACAGGCAAGCGUGUCACAAAUCCCGCUGUAGAUUUGCAUGACCUGCCGCGCAUUGACGCAGUUUUGCUAUCACAUUAUCACGCGGACCAUUUUGACCGGCAGGUUGAACAGUCCCUACGUCGGGAUUUACCUAUCAUUACGACGCCCCAUGCCAAAGAACAUUUGACUUUCCAAAAGUCUCGUGAAGAAUCAUUUUCGCAGGUCUAUGCUCUCGAUUUCUUCGAAAGCAUGAUGCUUGAUAUCGCACCGGGAGUGCAAGUCGGGGAUGUCGCCGAGCAUAGUAAACCUGCGAUCAAAGUGACUGGAAUGCCAGGGAAGCAUGUGCCUUCGGGCGUGUUAUCAAGCAUGAAUGACCUUUUGCAGGCGGUUCCGCCAACAAAUGGCUGGAUGGUCGAACUGGGCGUUGACAAAGGACGUAAUAGGAUCGAUUCGACUUUUGAAUGUGGAUAUCGAAUAUACAUCUCUGGAGACACUUUAAUGGUGGAUGAGCUCAAGCAAAUCCCCGAACGAUACAAGGGGCAGAAUAUCGACCUCAUGCUGAUUCAUCUGGGCGGAACAAGAAUUCCAUCGCCGUCAGUUCCGCUUUUGAUGAUUACAAUGGAUGCGAAGCAGGGCUUGGAGCUGAUAAGAUUGGUCAAUCCGGAUUUGACAAUUCCCAUUCAUUACGACGAUUAUGACGUAUUUCUGUCGCCUCUGGCAGACUUUAAGAAGGUCAUUGAAGAAGCUGGAUUGAAUGACAAGGUGGUGUAUUUGGAUAGGAAAGAUGAAUAUCGUUUCAGGGUGAAGGGUUGAAACUGCGUUGAUUCCAAUGGUUCGAAGGACCGUUUUCUCCCACGCAACAGGUUCAUCGUUGAGAAAGCUGGACAAAUAUACAGCGGGCAUCACAAUAUGACUGAUGUUGAGUAUUAAACAAAAACAUUGCUUGACAAGCC